CUCCUAAACAAUGCUCAAAUCUCUCUCUCUGUCUCACUCACUCACUCUCUAAGCAUAAUUGGAAGCUUAAAAUCAACUUUAAAAAAAAAAAAAAAAAAACCCUAAAAUCCUCUCAUUCCACAGCUCCAAUGCCUCCAAGAAAAAAGCCCAAUUCUUCAUCAUCAUCAUCAUCAUCCAUCAAGAAAUCGAACCAUAACAGCAAUCAACCGCAGCCGCCUUCGAAGUUCGGCAUCCAGCAUUUCUUCGAUCGCCACACUCAGACUCAGAACGCCUCUCAAAACCCCAAGCCUCCUCUCACUUCCAACGCCGCCGCCGCCGCCGUUUCGGCUCCGGUGUUGACUGAUCGGAGCAAUGAAAACGGACCGGCUUCGAAGAAACCCGAUCAGAAAGAGGCCGUUUCGCAGAAUACGCCGGAGGAGAACGUGGUGUUGGUCGGAGUUAACGCCGCCGACGAGAACCUCUCCGAGGUGUCGCCGGAGGUUUCCAAGUCCGUGUCUCUCAAGCGCUUCAAGUUCUCGCCUGGAAUGUUGAUAAAGCAGAGCCAAGAUGAUGCGGGUGAUGAGGUGACGUGGAAGAUAUCUCCGGUGAAUGAAAGACUCCAAGCGGUUUCAAAGCGUGUGCCAGAGAAGAUGAUGAGAGUGUUGGCUGAUUCAUCGAGGCUCAACUCUUUACGCAUGAAGCAAUGCUCACAAAAAAAGGCACCAAUUUCUCCCGGUAAAGCUGGGAAGGUUGAGAUGUGGCUCUCAUCGCCGACACGAAAGGCUGCUGAAAGAUCUUUGGUAUCCAUGAAUAGGGUUGGGGUCAAAAGUGUUAACCUGGAUCAGGAUAUGGAUUUGUGUGGGAAUGGAAGUGAAUUGACUAGUACUGGAGUUGCUAGUGGACAGAGCCCGUUUCGAACUCCACCAUCUCUAUCAUAUUGCCAUGAUAAGAUUGCUAACGGUGUAGCUUGCAAUGGAGCAACUGAUCAGCUAGGUUUAAGACAACACAAAAAGGCAUUGCUUGAACUUUUGGAUCAAGUAGAAGAUGUCAUUUCUGUUGAAGACUCCAUAUCUAAUGAUACAGAGGCAUAUUCAUCGAAAAUUCAUAAUAGAAAUGGUGAUGGAAUGACCGUUGAAGUUGAUCCUACAGUAGAAAGAGUGGCAGUGGAUUUACCAGAAGAUGCCAUUGGGGAUUUGUCCAAUCGUAAUUUUCUUGUAUUGGAGGUGUCUGAGAAGCGUAGGCCUGCUGACUCCUCUGGUGCUCAAUGCCCAUAUAAGGUUCUUCGCUUACUGAACGAGUGUAGUGGAGAAGAGCGGGCUGUGUAUUUGUGGGAAGAGUGGUUUUAUAGCGUCGUUGCACCUGGAGAUACUGUAAAUGUGAUUGGCGAAUUUGACGACCAGGGAAAGUGUGAUGUGGAUCGUGACAAUAAUUUUAUAAUUGUUCACCCAGAUGUAUUGGUUUCUGGAACACGGGUCGCUGGUAGUUUCAGUUGCCCUAGGCGAACAGUUUUGGAUGAGAGGGUAAAGUGCAGUGAGUAUUCAACUGCAGCAUUAAUUGGUACCUUGCUGCACCAAAUUUUUCAGGCUGGACUUAUGAAGGAAAUUCCAACAAUAAAGUUCCUGGAGGAAUAUGCAAGAGUGGUGCUCCAGAAAAGCAUUGAAAGCUUAUAUGCAUGUGGAGUAAAUGAAAAUGAUAUACAGAAAUCUUUGAUUGAGGCUAUCCCAAAAAUAUUGAAUUGGAUCAUCACAUUCAAAGAUUCACAGGAUUCCAAGGCUCCUUCUGUUGAUUUUGGAUCUGAUGAGGGGCUGAAAAAGGUUAACAUAUCUGAGGUAAUUGAUAUUGAGGAGAUGGCUUGGGCCCCUAAAUAUGGCUUGAAAGGGAUGAUUGAUGCUUCAGUCAGAGCCAAUGUAAUAUCAAACAAAAAUGAAGCUCAUGAGAAGAUUAUGCCUUUAGAGUUUAAAACUGGGAAAGCAUCAAAUGGCCAGUCAUCUAUGGAGCACAGUGCACAAGUAAUCUUAUACACUCUCCUUAUGUCUGAGAGAAGCAUAUUGAUUCAGGUCUUCUAUAUUAUCUUCAGUCUGGUCAGACACAGACCUUGUGUAAAGGGGAUCGUGGUUCGAAGAUCUGAUUUGGUUGGGUUAAUUAUGCGUCGUAAUGAGCUUGCAAAUGAUAUUCUCAAGGCAUCAACAAUACAACAACUACCCGCAAUGAUACAGAGUCUGAGCAUGUGUAAAGGUUGUCGCCAUCUUAAUGUUUGUAGCAUCUAUCAUAAGGCACAUGGUGGAAGCACUGAAAGCAGUGGGUUAGGAGAUGUGUUCAAGUCACAUACUAACCACCUAACCGUUUCUCAUUCCAUUUUCCUUCGGCAUUGGGAUCGGUUGAUUGACUUGGAAGCUAAAGAGAUCGAGCUUGUAAAGAAACAAAUCUGGCGUUCGCAUAGUUCAAAGAGUGAUGAUUCCAGAGGUUGUCUUUCUUCUAUUGUUCUUGAUGCUUCAGAUAAACUUCCACAUCAGAAGUCUCUUAAAGAAAACCGGUUCAUUUAUCGUUUUGUGCAUCGAGAUCUAUCAUCCAUCAAUGUCAAAGCAUUUGGCGGGGAUCCUUUAAGUGUUGCCUCUUCUCUUAAAAGUGAUAUGGACUGCACACUUAGAAGUGGAGAUUAUGUGAUACUUAGCACUGAAUCUUGCCAUCAAACCAUUGCAAGUGGGGUCAUUACAGAGAUAAGUCGUUCUCAUGUUUCCGUUUCUUUUUCUAAGCGCUUACGGCUUCCCAGGAGCAAUCCUUCUUUAGAGACACAGGAUCUUUUUGGAGAAGUUUGGCGGAUUGACAAGGAUGAAUUUUUGACUUCAUUUGCAGUUAUGAGGUUUAACCUUGUAAAACUUUUUCUACAAAGUUCACAAAGUACUCAUCUUCGGAAGAUGAUCGUUGACCUUGAGGCUCCUAAAUUUGACAGUGGAUGUAUAUUCAGCCAGGAUCCAGCAAUAUCAUACGUCUGGUCAGAGAAGAGUUUGAAUGAUGAUCAGCGUCGAGCUAUUCUUAAGAUACUCACAGCAAAGGAUUACACUCUAAUACUAGGAAUGCCUGGAACGGGCAAGACGUCUACAAUGGUGCAUGCUGUGAAGGCCCUGUUGAUGAGAGGGGCAUCCAUUUUGCUUACAUCUUACACAAAUUCAGCCAUAGAUAAUUUGCUUAUAAAAUUAAAAGCUCAGGGCAUUGAUUUUGUACGUAUUGGAAGAUAUGAAGCUGUGCAUGAGGAAGUUCAGGGGCAUUGCUUUUCAGCAAUGAAUGUACAAAGUGUUGAAGAUGUUAAAAUAAGAAUAGAACAAGUCAAAGUUGUUGCAGUUACUUGUCUUGGAAUUACCAGUCCCUUGCUUACCAACAAGAGAUUUGAUGUAUGCAUCAUGGAUGAAGCUGGUCAGACUACCCUCCCGGUAUCCUUGGGACCCUUGAUGUUUGCUUCAACAUUUGUCCUUGUUGGUGAUCAUUAUCAACUACCACCUCUUGUCCAGAGCACAGAGGCUCGGGAGAAUGGAAUGGGAAUAAGCUUGUUUUGCAGGCUAUCUGAAGCACAUCCUCAGGCAAUUUCUGCAUUGCAGAGCCAGUAUCGUAUGUGUCAAGGAGUUAUGGAACUAUCAAAUGCCUUGAUAUAUGGUGACAGAUUACGCUGUGGAUCCUCUGAAAUAGCUUGUGCGAAACUUAAGCUUUCUUGUUUGAAGUCUUGUUCAUCAUGGCUAAAGGAGGUUUUGAAUCCAACCAAACCAGUCAUAUUUAUUGAUACAGAUAUGUUGCCUGCUUUUGAGGCAAAAGAUCAAAAGACUGUGAAUAACCCGGUUGAAGCUUACAUAAUUGCAGAGGUCACAGAGCAAUUGGUUAACAACGGAAUUGAAGGGGAGGAUAUUGGCAUCAUUACCCCUUAUAAUUCACAGGCAAAUCUCAUCCGCCAUGCUGUGUAUACAACCUCUGUGGAGAUACAUACCAUUGAUAAAUAUCAGGGAAGAGACAAGGACUGCAUACUGGUGUCAUUUGUUAGGUCUAGCGAAAAUCCAAGGAACUGCACUUCCUCACUGCUUGGUGACUGGCAUAGGAUUAAUGUGGCUCUAACACGUGCAAAGAAAAAGUUGAUCAUGGUGGGAUCAUGCAAAACCCUAUCCAAGGUUCCAUUACUGAAGCUUCUCAUCAAAAAAGUAGAUGAGCAAUCAGGAAUACUGAGUGUCUCCAAGAACGAUAUCAAUUACAAUGGAGGGCUGAAGAGAUGCUCUCAGUUCAGAUAAGAUUUUGCCCCCUUUUCCAUUGUUAAUGUAUAUAAAAAAAUUUUGUUUUUUUGUUUUACCUUCUUAAAACCCAAUAUAAAGAUUAUGUAUAGAAGGAGGACAUUAUUUUUUGUAAUAUUUUUGGAAAUGUAUAUAAGAAAUAGCUCCUCUCUCUUGGUCUAUACCUUUGUUUAUACACAAAUGGACUCUGAAAUACAAGUUUUCCCGUGUGCUGAGCGGCAGUGAUUGAGCCAA